AUGACUGGAAAGAGGUUGCAUCUCCUUAGUGGUAAAGACCUGAAUUCCCAUUUCCGGCAGUCAAGACUUCGAAUACACGCACUAGCCAUCCAGAGUUUGCCAAAGCAAUCAGUCGACAACUGCGAUAUCUCCCAAGGUAUUGAGACCAGUCGCUUCUCCAAUGGGGAGACGUCGGUGACCAUCGCAACGUCCGUCCGAGACAACGAUGUCUAUAUCCUCCAGACUGCAUGCGAGCCCGUCAACAAUGUCUUGAUGGAGCUGCUUAUUGCCAUUAGCGCAUGUAAGAUGGCAUCUGCGAGGAGAAUCACGGCCGUGUUGCCCUGUUUCCCGUAUUCACGACAAGACAAGAAGGACAGAAGUAGGGCCCCCAUCACGGCCAAGCUCAUCGCAAAUAUGCUCGAAGUGGCAGGAUGCGACCACGUUAUAACUAUGGAUUUGCAUGCUUCUCAAAUCCAAGGCUUUUUCAAUAUACCUGUAGACAAUGUGCGUAAUGUAAUCCCGAUCAGAAGCAGGUCUGAACUAACAAAAAGAAAGCUUUACGCCGAAAGAGCAAUGAUUGACUACAUUGAACGCGAGUUCACAACCACUGAUCUUGUUAUCGUGUCCCCAGAUGCCGGUGGCGCCAAGAGAGCCGCAGCCAUUGCCGACAAACUCCAGGUAGACCUGGCCAUCAUCCACAAGGAACGCAAGGUGGCCAACAAAGUGAGUCGGAUGGUGCUGGUCGGUGAUGUCCAGGGCCGCAACGCAGUCCUCGUGGACGACAUCGCAGACACCUGCGGGACCCUGGCCCUCGCCGCGCAGGUCCUCAAGGACCACGGCGCGGCCACGAGCAACGCGGUGGUGACCCACGGCUUUCUCAGCGGGCCUUCAGUCGAGGUGAUUGAGAGCAGCCAGCUUGAUCGGCUGGUUGUUUCCAACACGCUGCCGCUGCCGCCGCAUGCCAUGUCAUGUAAGAAGAUUCAACAGAUGGAUAUCAGCUAUACGAUCGCCGAGGCCAUCAGAAGGACGUAUAACGGAGAAUCGUGA